GCCAUGGGUGCGGAGCGCAGAGCGGAGGCGGCGGCAGCAGCAGCACCCCGCGGUGCUUGUGCCUGCGGCGGCGGCAGCUGGCGGCUCUUCCUCGGUUUCUUCGCGCUGUCGCUGGCGCUGCACGUCCUGACGCUGGGCUGUUACCUGGAGCUGCGCUCCGAACUCCGCCGCGACCGAGGCCCGCAGCCCGCGGCACCCCCGCGGCGGGACGGGACGGCGGCGGCAGCUCCGGGCUCCCCCGUCACCGGCCGCCCGCAGCGGCCCGCCGAGGGCGGGGACCGCCGCCAGCAGCUGGCCUUGCUGAACUUCUUCCACCCUGAGGAUAAGCUGCACAUUGGAGAAGAAGGCCGAAGGGUCCGUCGCAAUAAGAGGAGUAAAGGCAGCGAAGGACCAGAGGGUCCAAGCUCAGUGAAAAACAAGAAGAAGGGGAAGAAGGCUGGUCCUCCAGGGCCCAAUGGUCCCCAAGGGCCACCAGGUCCUCCUGGGCCCCAGGGUCCCCCUGGCAUUCCUGGCAUCCCGGGGAUUCCUGGCACAACUGUCAUGGGGCCACCCGGCCCCCCUGGCCCACCGGGCCCUCAGGGACCACCUGGGCUGCAGGGCCCCUCAGGUGCCACAGACAAGGCUGGCUCCAGAGACAUCCAGCCAGCUGUGGUCCACCUCCAAGGCCAAGGCUCAGCAAUCCAAGUCAAGAAUGAUCUUUCAGGUGGAGUCCUCAAUGACUGGUCUCGCAUCACUAUGAACCCCAAGGUGUUUAAGCUGCAUGCCCGCAGUGGGGAGCUGGAGGUACUGGUGGACGGCACAUACUUCAUCUAUAGUCAGGUAGAAGUAUACUACAUCAACUUCACAGAUUUUGCCAGCUACGAGGUGGUGGUGGACGAAAAGCCCUUUCUGCAAUGCACUCGAAGUAUUGAGACCGGCAAGACCAACUUCAACACCUGCUACACGGCCGGGGUGUGCCUGCUGAAAGCCAGGCAGAAGAUCGCUGUGAAGAUGGUCCACGCUGACAUCUCCAUCAACAUGAGCAAGCACACCACGUUCUUCGGGGCCAUACGCCUAGGGGAGGCACCAGCAUCCUAGAUGGACGAACUCGGCGUGCCCGAGGAGAGGUGGAACUGCACGAGAGCUGCUGUGCAUAGCCUAUCAGUAUUUCAGGGGGUUCUGUAAUCCGGCCAUCAAGAGAAAAACUGAUCCAGAAGCUAUUUAUUCCUAGAUGUGAAGGCAGGAAGCACAAGUUUGUCUUCUGUGACUUGCAUGGAGACUUGGCUAGCUGGAGCAGUGCUGUGAAGA